ACAGCACCUUUAAGGCUUUAACUUCAUUAUCCCCUACUCCAUAACCAUUUUGGCUCGCCUCCCUUCUCACUCGCUUAAUCUUCAGUCUGUAGAAUACGACCCCGUGACAGAGCAAUGGCUACUUCACUGGCCGCUAUGACGGCUCGCAGGGCCGCAAAUCUCGCUCGGCUCACAUCCUCAACCUCAUCGGGGGCACGAGCGUCUUCUCUGAUUCCCCGCCGCGGACUCGCGGGCGCCGCCGAUCACCAUGGGCCGCCAAAAGUCAAUUGUUGGCAAGAUCCAAUGAGUCCAUCCAAGUGGAAGGAAGAGCAUUUUGUAAUUGUCUCUUUAUCUGGAUGGGGUUUGGUUAUCUUUGGAGGGUACAAGUUCUUCACUGGAGGCAAGAAGGACAAGGAAGAGAAAUUGUUGGAAGCAGCACAAUAGGCUGGGGAUGCAAGGAUCAUGAAUCUAGUUUUGUGCUAAUAACAUGUGCUUCAAUUCAUUGUUUGCAUGAAGGAACUCCUCUCCGCCCGACUUCAGUUUAUCAUUAUUAUUUAGAAUACUCAGAUGAUGGGUACAGAUGUUUGUUACCUUUUACUGUGGAAGAAUGAGGCUUCCUCUUUCGCUGGUUGGUCAUUCUCUUCUUUUGUUUACAACCUCCAGUUUGUUUUGAACUUUUCUCCAUGAUAAUAAAAUCUUUAUGCCUUUUUGAGCUUUCAAUUCUCAGCACAAAAUGCAUAACUGGUUCUCCUAUUUGGUUGAGUUUCAACCAUGUAAUACUACACAUUGAUCAACUGUCAAUCUACUCAAGACUUUGUGCCA